UCAAAGUGUUUAUGUUGUCCAUGUAUCAGAUGUUUUGAGUGUGGGAGUGCGGAGUGAAAUGUGUGCGAAUGAUUCUGAUUUACGAAGAAUUUAUGUUUAACAUCUGUUGAUCGUGACGAAAGUGCAGAACAUGGAUGCAUUUCCUAUCUCUACUUUGAGUGGUUCGAGUGACGACGACAGCUCAGAUGAAGAACAGAAUGAUUCCCAGAAACGACGCCGUUCCACCGUUAGUACUGAGGGACGCAGUGUUGAAUCUCAAGGCGCUCAAAGCUCAGACGAUUCAGAGUCGCCGCUGAAGCGGCGUCGGUCAGAUGAUAGUGGCGGUUACGAUAGCAUACACCGAAGUUCCGAUGAAGACUCACAGAAAUUUAGGAAAAGACCCAGACUUAGUAGUGGUGGUCUGGGUUUUUCUUCUCAAGGUCUGUCUGAUAAUGAGUAUUCAGAUCAGAGCCCAACAGCAGAUCGACUGCAGUAUCAGUUUGGAGGUGAAGACAGAAGUGUUGCAUCAAAAAUUGUUAAGGAGGCAAAACCAGCAGCAUUCAUGGACACCAAGAUUAAGAAAAUGAUGGAAUCAAUGGGCUACAAGGCUGGCUUGGGCCUGGGAAAACAUGAGCAGGGUCGUGUUGACCCAGUGGAAAUGUCACGUCAGCGAGGUCGCAGAGGCUUAGGUCUGCGUAUUGAGGGUCUUGAAGCUGCUACACUUGAAUGGGAUAGUUCCCUUGAGGUGGUGUCAGUAGAAGAAUCUCCAAAAUGGCUGAAAGAUUCGAAUUAUGAACCUAUUUCACUUGAAGAGUUAGGCACUUGGAUGAAGGAGGGCCAGCGCAAAUUGGUUAUAAAUGAUGAAACUAAUUUUUGUGAUCCAAAUUUAUUAAGGAAUGUUCUCAGUUCAAAGAGUGUUUUUGACAAAUUGGAUGCAAAUGAAAUGCUGAAGGCAAGGUCUCGAUCAAACCCAUUUGAGACUAUUCGUGGUGCAAUCUUUUUGAACCGUGCUGCAGUGAAAAUGGCGAACAUGGACAAAGUGUUUGAUUUCAUGUUCACAAACCCUCAUCAUGAAAAUGGUAAACCGCAGCUGGGGCCACAUGACUUGCUUUAUUUUGCCGACGUCUGUGCUGGCCCUGGAGGUUUCUCUGAAUACGUAUUGUGGCGAAAGAAGUGGCAAGCCAAGGGUUUUGGCUUCACGCUGAAAGGUGAUCAUGACUUUCGGCUGUCUGAUUUCUAUGCUGGACCCUGUGAGACAUUUGAACCUCACUAUGGAGUUGGUGGCACUGAUGGAAAUGGUGACGUUUUUGAUCCAAAUAAUAUAGAGGCAUUCACUGAGUUUGUACAUGCACAGACUUCUGAUUUGGGAGUUCAUUUCAUGAUGGCAGAUGGGGGGUUUUCAGUGGAGGGUCAAGAGAACAUUCAAGAAAUACUGUCUAAGCAACUAUAUCUUUGUCAAUGCUUGGUUGCUCUCAGUAUUGUCAGAACAGGUGGCCAUUUUGUUUGCAAACUGUUUGACUUAUUUACACCAUUCAGUGUAGGGCUUGUGUACCUGAUGUACAAAAGUUUUAAGAUGAUUUGCAUACACAAACCCAACACAAGCAGACCUGCCAAUUCAGAAAGGUACAUUAUCUGUAAAUGGAAGAGAACUGAUUGUGAUGAUAUUCGUGAAUACUUGAUGGAGGUGGCAAAACAUUUAUGGAUUCAUAAGUUAUCAGAUGAUAAAGAUAUUCUUGAGAUUGUGCCUCUUGCUAAAUUAAAGGAGGAUAAAGAAUUUUUUGACUAUAUUGUCGAAUCAAACAACAGCAUUGGUGAACGCCAGGUUGUUAAUCUGGUGAAGAUAGCUGCAUUUUGCCGGGACACUAAUUUGACAGAAAGUCGUCAGUCAGACAUUCGACGAGAGUGCCUGCGUUACUGGGACAUCCCAGAUAAAUCAAGAACAGCACCACCUUUUGUUAGUCCCAGCAUUAAGUGUGAAGAACUACUGAAAAAAGCUGGCACCAGCUUGUUGUCUGAUAGUGGUACGGAAUUGUUGCCUUCUGUUCUGGAGGAGAAGGUGAAGUCUGUGUAUGAUUGGCAUUGUGUAGUUCUCGCAAGCAAUCGGGAGCAGAACAAUGUAACCUUCUAUCUAGGGUUGGGCCGUUCAAAGGUAUACCGGUAUCAGUCAGGACAGUGGAUUCGUGAGCAGAGUACACUGGAAUUGAGUCCUGAUACUUUGGUGCUAGCAGAGCCUGUGAUGGAGCUUAAGGGUGAAGGAAAGUCUCAGCGCAAAAUAAACACCCUACAUAUUAUUGAUGCUGUCUCUCUUGGAGGCACUGAUGUCCAUAAUUUACAUAUCACUGAGCGGUACAAAUUCUGCAAGCAGUUUACAAAAGCACUCUACAAACCUAGCCGCAUGGAUGGCACACUGUUGAGGACAAAGUACCUGUAUGAUCUUGAGAAUGUUUCAGCCGUAUUUGAAAGAUUAGAGUUGCGUGUCAUCAAGGGUUUUGGUGGACAGAGGGGACUGGUUUACAGACUGGAUGAUGAAGAAGACCGAUUUUAUAGGCCAGGAGGGCUUCUUUUUUAUAGAGGGACCAAAGAUCCUUGGAUGAGGCACUGCAGUAGGAAAACAGGAUUCUGUUUCUAUGCUUGCCCUAGCAGAAAAGACUCCUUGUAUGAUCAGCACAGGCCAAGUGACGCUUGUGCCUCAGCUCAGCUAUGUUUCCAGAAGCGACUAAUAUGGUUCUGGGAAGAAGGUGUAGUGGUCCAUGAUCAUCAUGUUAAGAAAGACCCAGAAAAGCUUCAGCGGGAUCAACUGUUGGAUUUUGUUGAAAGCAAGAGGGUACCCACUGCAAAACGCUGCUGACCACAAAUUGGUCAAGAGUGCCCAUCAUAUUGUAUUGGCCAAAAGUUUUUAGAAUUGAAACAGUUUUGUUUAUUGUUAUUACAUAAUAUAUCUGUUUGGUGUGGCACUAUUAAAUUUACAUUUUUUUAAAAA